AUGAAGGAGAUCAUCGAGACACUGACCGCAAGCGACAUGGCUAUGGCUCCGACGCGCGUUUGGUCCACCGCGAUGGCGACUCUUCACCGGAAGUACGGCAAGUCGGCGUCCCUUCGUGUGAUGGCGAAACCGUCAGCCGUUUCGUUUGUCAAGAACGUUAGACGGGAGUUAACAGGCGGUGACGUGUUCCGUGCAAUCGAAUUGGAACCCACGUCACUCGUCAGCGCUGAUGACGCCCGCCCCUUCCUGCAAUUCAGCUAUCUCUACGCCCAAGCGGGGAAACACAAGCGCAUGGUGGGGUUCGCCCAUCCCGACCUCCUACGGCUGCUCAAGUACCCGAAGAACCCACUUUUUGUCGACUGCACCUUCAAGGCGUGCCCCAAGCCCUUUUCCCAAGUUGCAAUAAUAAUGGGAUUCGAUCCGGCGUUCGACUUGUACCUCCCGAUUUUCUACGUCCUCCUCCAAGGCAAAGAGCAGCAGACGUACUGGCACAUGUUGGACAUGGUGAUCAUGCAGUGUGACAUGCAAGUGGACCCUCGGACCGUCACCUGUGACUUUGAACUGGGCUUGAUCAACGCUGAGCGUGAGCAGUUCCCCGGGGUGCCUCUUGUGGGAUGCCUAUUCCACUGGAAGCAAGCCUUGCGUCGCAAGAUGCUUGACUUGCGCAUCCCGGUUGACACGGUUGCUAACGUCAUGUCAAUGGACGAAAUUAUUUCGAAGGGCAUCCCGUACGUUCGCAGUCGCAUCGAUGAGUCUGGCCAUCGAGUCAAGUGGUCCACCUUUUGGCGCUACUUUGCCAAGACCUGGAUGCGGACGUAUGGUCCUUCAACGUGGAACGUCAAUACUAUUGCUGAGGCAGUGGACAUUGUCAACCGCACCAAUAACGCUCUGGAGCGUUUCAACCGGACGUUGAACGAGUCGUUUACGACUUCUUACCCAAGCUUGUUGACAUUUGUUGACGUGAUCAAGACCAAGUCUCAAAACUAUGUCGACCUCAUCGAAGACAUUCGCCAUCAGCGCCAGCAGCCACCUGACCAUGCCAACUUGGCACGCGUCGAAGUGCCUGACGACUACCUGCGCUUCGAACCGGAACCCACGCAGGAGUAG